ACCACCGGAAAUGUCGAAAAGUGAGCAUUUCGUCAGUAAAGAAAACUGGCAACAUCUCAUCAUGAAGCCGGGACCAUCGAAUUUGGCACUUCCGACGACUCAAAAAUUCCGACAAACUUCGAAUGGAAGGACAAUGAAGCAGACUUGGACCUGCGGAGUUUGCCGGAAGGAAUUAUCGUCAAAACGGAGUUAUACAGAGCAUAUGAAUAUUCACAACAAAUCACGGCCAUUUCAAUGUGAACAUUGCGUUUAUGCUGCAGCCUCCCAAAUGACUCUACACCGUCAUAAACUCCGAAAUCACACUCCAAAAGCUGAAUGGGGAUAUCGGUGUCCCUAUUGUGAUGAUGCGUACAUGGAACCUGCUGGAUAUCAGCAGCAUGUCCAACAACGUCAUCCGGGACUUUCAGCAACAUAUGGAUGCCCAUUUCGAAUUUGUAAAUUUACUUCGAAAUCUCAACGACAUUUCCGCGAACAUCUUGUUAAACACGAUAGAAGUGAUAAAAUCGAAGAAGGUGUCGAUCCGUGUGCUCUUUCAAAUCAGCAACUUGUUCGUUAUAUGGUCCUCGAUGAAAUGGGAAUCGGAUUUCAACGUGGAUAUACCUCAUAUUCGUCAUCAUCAGGUGCUUCUUCUAAACCGCCUACAGUAACUAUCCGUGCGAGAACCAAUGUCACAAUUGCACCGAAAAUUCAGGGAGUAGUGACGUCAUCACAACCACCGCCUGUCGUAAUAUGCCGGAAUGAUGAGCCAAAAAUUGUGUGGCAUUUGGAGAAAAUGUGCAACAAAAAAGAAGACAUUUCGAGGGGAAAUCCAGUGUCAAUUCCUCCACAACGCCUCCUGACUCAUCAUCCACCACCACCUCAAUCGACUCGUUAUUACGUAUCAUCACAUGCCACGUCAUCAUCAGUGACGUCACUUCAUAAUACCUCCACGUCAUCAUUAAUGACGUCAUCCACCACAUACGUGGAACCCCUCCCACAAACAUAUUCAGAAAUAAAUCCAGAAUUUGAGUGUGAAGCUGAUGAAGAUGAUGAUUAUUUAAUGGAAGCUGGAGAAGCUGGAGAAGCUGAAGCCGAGGAAGAAGAAGAAGAAGCUGAAAAUGACGUCAUAGAAGGAGAAUAUGAAGAUGAUGGACCGCCUGUAUUGGAAUCUUUUGGAAAUGUAUCUAUACAACAACCAAUACAACAUUUAAUUAUGAUGGAAGAGCAAUGGAGUGAAGAUGAGGUUGCUUCUUCCCCUACAGCAGAUGGCAGCGUCUUCCCGAAUGGUUUAAUCGAUGAGGAGCUCGAUUAGAUUUCUCAAUUUUUCAGUUAAAUUUUUUAACUUUUUAUGUGAUUUUUUGCCAUUUUUACCCCCACAAAAAAACGGGAUUUUUGUGUUAAUUGUGUGAUUUUUAUGGCAUUUUUUUCGACGAUUUUUUCUGUGAUUUUUCAUAAUAUUUUAUUUUGAUU